AUGGCACUAAAUGGAUCGGCGCCUAGGCGCAAAGGCACUCAUGCGACCUCCUCAGCUUCAGCCACAUCUACCACGAAAGGCAGGCCGCAGAUUGCCCCGAUAUUCAACAGACGGACUGACCAAGCUGGAGGUCAUGGGACCUGUAUCGAAGAUGCUAGUAGCAGGAUCAGUCCUCAUCCAGCAUCCAGUUCGAGAGGAUUAAGAGAAUCGGCAUAUUUCGGCUUGAUGGGCUCCAGCGGUUCCACGGAUGCUAAACCAGGAGCUGGUCACAAUUCGCCCGGUUUUGAGACAGAAGGGGCCACAACAGUUAUAUCAGCAUCCGGAACAGGAGGGCGAGACUGUAUGCUGUGGCAGGAGCAAGAAAAGUCUCAGAGGAAUGGCCCAUCUGAUACUAGCCUACUAAAAGCAUGUUUUCAGUCGAAAGCAAGCUUAGACGAAGAUCCAAAAGUGGCUGCCGUAACACAGACAGCUACAGCAGCUAACGUCCCGGAUAAUACAGCGACCAAGCGAGGUGAGUCGUCCUCAUAA